CCAACAAGAAACAACAGUAAAACCAUCCAUCUCUCUCUCUCUCUCUCUCUCUCUCUCUCUUUUUUCUUUUUUUUUUUUCCCCCUCUCUAAGCGCAAAAACCCAUUUUAUUUUCUAUUCGUUCUUGGAAGAUUGUGAUUUCAGUGUCCUUUCAACGUCUCUAUAUAUGAUUACAUUAGCCUACAGGAAAAAGUUAGAUAUUCUCAUAUGCUGCUUACAAAUGCAGACUCACAAGCUGACAGUCCUAGAACUGGAAGUGUGCAAAAGAUAGCCCACUUUUUCUCCUCCUUUUACAGAUACUGCAGCAAACCUUACUGUACACAACAAUUCAACAUUUUAGGUCUUUCUUCUCUCCUCUCUCUCUCUUUCACCCUGUGACUAGAGGGAGACGAGAGAUGUACACUGUUUUUAGCUGCCAAGUACUUUUGAGUCUCCCGAAGAAAUGUAAUUUCAUGCACUAAAGCUGGACGAUUCUUGCUUUUCCUUAUAUUGUAUUAUAGUCACAGAGCCUUGGGGGACCAUUUGUAUUUGUAUUUUUACUUUUAUUUUUAUUUUUUUGGGUGGUUUUUUCACUUGUCUGUCAAAUUUUCUUCAAUUUUUACUUAGCCAAUUAACUUUGAUUCUUUAAAGAAGUAGCAGAAGUCGGUCUUUAGGAUUGACAGCUUUAUGCAGCUUAGAGAUAGAAGACCUGGGGAGAGAGAGAGAGAGAGAGAGAGAGAGAGAGAGAGAGAGAGAGAGAGUAAUAGAGAGUUGGAGGGAUGGUUCUUUGACUUAUUAUCAAUUAAGGUAUGCUUGCAUUCAUAGAUUGGUUCUUUGCUGUUUGCUUUGGUAUUUAUCUUUUUUCUGCUUUAUAAAGAAAAGUGAAUAUCAUUUUUAGCUUUUGGUGGGUCUCCCUUAUCACAAUGUUGAAACUUUGUUAAUUCUUCUACUCGGCCAAUCAGGGGUUGAAGUUAGUUGGCAAAAAGUCUAAUUACCAUCAUCAGUUUGUCUUGUUUUCAGCCCUUCCGGUCCCCGUACGUUUCCUCCUUCCUUUUUCCUCUCCUUCCCUUUGACGAUGAAACCCUUUCACUUACCCCCUCUUUCUCUUUCUAUCCUACUUCCUAAUGAAUGGUACAAUAUUUUACUGUGUCAGUUUUAUUUUUCAGUUUUUCCAGCCCAAAUUCCUCUCAGAUUUACUUCCACUGAGUUAUUUUUCUCCUUUCUAAUGGAUUUUGGUUGUCAAAUGUGAUCCAAACAAAGUUGAUAAACUCCAGUAUUUGAUUCUAAAAAAAGCUCAGGCUUAAUAAAUUCAGGAUCCUUUUUUCUGGUUCUUUAAUUCAGUAGCUUUUAGGUGCAAGUGUUCGGUACAGAGAUUUUCUCUCCUAGUCUCUUAGGCCUUCACCUAGAGAUGGGUAUUUAUCCUUAAUGAUCCAACAACUUCGUACGUGUCAUGUAUUAAGCGCACAUGGAAGCCCCAGCUUUUAAGCUCUCUUUUAGAGCGUGCUCUUACCAAUUACCGCUUUGAGAGUCAGUCUUUGUGAAGCUCUGAUUCUUCGCUUUGCACUGUUGGGUUUUAGUACUCGGUUCUUUGAAUUCUCUCGUCCUUGGUUACGCGCCUUAUUAGAUUCUCUGCCCCUUUGAUAUUUCCUAAUCAAGUUAUGCUUCUGCUGCUCCAGAGCAGGACAUAGACAACUUGGGUUUGUUUAUACGACAAGCAGACCAACUCAUUUAUAGUUUUCAGGUUCCAACUUCUUUUUUUUCUUUUUUCUUUUUUUUUAAUCAAUGGUUUCACAAGAUUCUCCUCCACAUCCAUCUUCAAAUAUUCUUCACCAAUUUAUUAUAUCAGACUCCAUUACCAAUCAAACCCAGUUUGAAAACCAACAAUUUGAUCCUUAUGGGUCUACUUUCAGAGGUGGUAUUGCAUUUCCUCCAUCUCUGGGAGUAUUGCCAAGCAUUCAAUCUCUUGGGGAAAGAAUGUCUAGAUCAAUUGACCUUGUCCAAGCUCCAAGUGUGGCAGAGGAAUCCGAAAUCAGCCAAACAAGGCAUUUGAUGGAUCUUCUUGGAGCAGCAAAUGAGAGCAAUCAACAUGCCCAGAGGCUCUCUCUGUCUCUUGGCUCUCACAUGUUUGUCCCUCCUGUUCAAUAUAGGCAGAGGUCCUUGAAUCCAGAUCUCAUGAACCCCAGUUAUUUACUAUCUGGAGAAGAAGCUAGGGAAGCUUGUAAUGUAGGUGUUGGGCAUGUAACCGAUGACUACUCUUUCGCAGGAAGCGGACUCGCUUCGUCUUCAACCUCUUUAAACCGUCCUUGUUCCACAUUGUAUGGAGCAGAAUCUUUAUCCACUGUUAUUGGGCAGUCAAGGUAUUUGAAACCAGCUCAACUGCUCUUGGAAGAGAUUGUUAAUGUGGGUGGGAAAGCAGUUGAGAUAAGCAACGAGAAAUAUGUAGGGAAGUUAUGCGGUGGGGGUCGAAGAGGAGCUAUGAGUCUUUCAUCUGAACUAAAAGCAGAAUUGUGUAGCAGUGGGGUUGUAUCAGCUGAUAAACAUGAAUUCCAGAUGAAAAUUGCAAAGCUUAUUGCCUUGUUGGAGGAGGUUGAGGGAAGAUAUGAAAAGUACUACCAUCAAAUGAAGGAAGUUAUGGCAUCGUUUGAAAUGAUUGCAGGCCUUGGUGCUGCAAAGUGUUAUACAGCUUUGGCACUUCAAGCUAUGUCCAGGCAUUUCUGCAGCUUGAGAGACGCUAUAGUCUCCCACAUAAACGUCGAAAGAAGGAAACUGUUGCAAGAUUUGCCAAAAAUCAGCACAGGAUUAUCACAGCUUAGCUUGUUGGAUAGAGAAUCCAGGCAAAACAGAAUGUCUCUACAACAGCUUGGAAUAGUCCAAAGCCAAAGACAAGCUUGGAGACCGAUCAGAGGGCUUCCUGAGACCUCUGUGGCAAUCCUUCGCGCUUGGCUUUUUGAACACUUUCUCCACCCUUAUCCAAGUGACUCUGAGAAGCUAACUUUGGCAUCACAAACGGGCCUGACCAAGAACCAAGUUUCAAAUUGGUUCAUAAAUGCUAGAGUCCGGCUGUGGAAACCUAUGAUAGAAGAAAUGUACAAAGAAGAGUUUGGGGAUUCAUCAGAGGACUCCAAUCCAUUGGUUAGCGGUUCCAUGACAGGGGAAGCCGUCACGGACCAUGAAGAAGAUUGAAGUUCGAAUGCAGUUGAAGAUAUCAUUCAGAUGUUGAAAUAUGAGUUUGUGUCCAGGAAUUUUUAAGUGUCUCAAAGUUGAAACUACUCCUCAGUCUUAGGUUAUUAUUUUGUUGGAUGAAUCCCACACCGACUGGGAAGCUUAAAUUUUUGAUUCGGACUUUGUAGGGAAAUGAAAUGAGAGCAUUUCGUUCCAAGUUUUAUC